CGAGCCCUUUUGCCGCUAGGUGCCUGGGAAGUAGCAGCAAGAGGUAAACCGCUCAGAGUGCUUGGGUUGCCAGGGGCUUGGUGGGCGUCCAGCUAAAGCUUUUUGCUUCUCCAGGUCUGAUUCCCUGGCCUUUGUGUCCCUGGGAGCUUAAUCUCUGCCAGAGGAAAGCAGGUGUGCUCCACUUCUCCCGUGAACCUGAAGAUGAGUUGUCCCAGACCCUUCUCAGUGAUUGGAAACUUAGGUGGUGGAGCUAACGGUUUCUUGUUACGAGACUUCACAGACGACUCUCGUGUUGGGAUCCAUCCAUGGUUUAGCAACAUUAGUGGAAAACUUUUCUUGAACUGUUGAAGUAAUAUUGACAAAUUUAGUUGCGAUGAAACAUUUUGUGUUUAGACUUCAAAUUUUGUGUGGUCAUUGAGAAGUGCUCAACGAGGAGAUAAACACGAUUGAGGGCCCGAAUGAUGGUCCUGUUUUGUGUACAAGUUAAUGAUUUCAACAGAAAUAAGCCAAACACCAUCCAUCCAUUCUGGCCGGUCCUAACUAAUGCCAGGCUUGUUGCAUCUGGAUGAUAGAUUAGAUUUGCCUUAAUAGUAUAUUGCCUCUCUGUUGUAGUUUAGUUACUUCUUUGGUCCCACAAGAAAAAGAGCGUUUCAAAAAAUAGACAACUCAAGUUACUCAAAGAGAGGAAACCUGCUGUUUGCCUUCAGUGCCAUGUUUUUGGAAGCCAGAAGCCUGAAAUCAGUAUCACGAGGCAGAAGUCAAGGUGUCAGCAGUGCUGCUCUGUCUUCAGAGGCUCCAGAGAAGAACCUGUUCCUUGCCUUGUCCUGGUUCUGGCAGCUGCUCAUACUCCUGGUGUGGCUGCAGUUUUCAAGGUUUGAUUUAAUUUCGAAUGAGAUUGUUCUUGCAGCGAGAUGUUAAUAAGACAAAAUCUAGACUAAAUGUGUUAAAUGGGCUUGCCAACAAUAUGGAUGAUUUGAAGAUAAACACCGAUAUUUCUGGUGCUAAAGAAGAACUCCUAAAUGACAACAGUUUUAUCUCAGACAAAGAGAGUGGAGUUCAUAAACCAAAAGAUUGUCAAAUACCAUUUCAGAAAAACAAUACAUUCACUCUGCCUGAAGAACUGUCAGAGGACAAAUCUGAAAAAGCCUUAAGUGGAGGCCAGUCUGCCCUGUUUGUACACGCUGGUGCUCCCACUGUCUCUAGUGAAGACUUUCUCUUGCCUAAAGGAGCUGCUGUUAAUGGACCAGUUUCACACUCCUCGUCUAAGACUUCCAAUAUGAAUAAAGGCAGUGUUUCAUUAACCACUGGACAGCCUGUGGAUCAGCCAACAACGGAAUCUUGUUCAGCUUUGAAGGUGGCAGCGGAUCUUCAGCUGUCCACACCACAGAAGGCAAAUCAACACCAAGUUUUAUUUUUGUUAUCAGAUGUAGCACAUGCUAAGAAUCCAGCCCAUUCCAUUAAAAAACUACCUACCUCUGCUUCAGUUGGUUGUGACAUUCAGAAUUCAGUAGGGAGUAGUAUAAAGUCAGGCAGCACUUUAAUAAACCAAGUGGAGGUGGACGAGGAUAGUGACGAUGUGUUGGUGAAAGAUGACUGUGUCAGUGCAUUAACAGGAACUUGCUCAGGUACAGAUGAGUUUAGGUCAGAAAAUGAUGCCAACUGGGAUCCCCAAAAAGAGUUCAUUCAGUUUCUUAUGACUAAUGAAGAUACAGUAGACAAAGCUCCAGCUCACUCUAAAGUAGGUCUAGAAAAAAAGAGAAAACGAAAAAUGGAUGUAAGCAAGAUAACUCGUUACGCUGAGGAUCGCUUUAGUGACUCCAGUUGUGCGCCCAAUAAAUCAGAAAUGCUAGAAGCAGACUUUAUGGAGCAGAAUGAAGGAGUGCAAGCAGCAGGCUCACAGGAAUGCGCAUUAUCAGAAGUGAAGCCUGAAUCAACUGAGGAAGACUUGGAGUCUGUGGGUGCUUUUCAGCAUCUCAUUUAUAACCCAGAUACGUGUGGAGAAGACAGCUCCCCUGUUCACACUAGCACUUUCCUUGCAAAUACCUUGAAAAAGAAAUGUGAAGAAAGUGAUUCCGAGUCACCUGCUGCCUUCAGCACUGAAGAGCCGUCGUUCUACCCCUGUACGAAGUGCAAUGUGAAUUUCAGGGAGAAGAAGCACCUCCACAGGCACAUGAUGUAUCACUUAGAUGGCAACAGUCACUUUCGCCAUCUCAACGUCCCAAGGCCAUACGCUUGUCGAGAGUGUGGACGGACGUUUCGGGAUCGUAACUCACUGCUAAAGCAUAUGAUUAUUCACCAAGAAAGAAGACAGAAAUUAAUGGAGGAAAUUCGUGAGUUGAAAGAACUUCAGGAUGAAGGGAGAAGUGCACGGCUGCAGUGCCCUCAGUGUGUGUUUGGUACCAACUGCCCUAAAACGUUUGUGCAGCAUGCUAAGACUCAUGAAAAAGACAAAAGGUACUACUGCUGUGAGGAGUGCAACUUCAUGGCCGUGACAGAAAAUGAGUUGGAAUGCCAUCGAGGAAUUGCCCACGGGGCAGUGGUAAAAUGCCCUAUCGUCAGUUCUGACGUGGCGCAGAGAAAAACGCAAAAAAAGACUUUCAUGAAAGAUCCUGUUACUGGAUCAUCCAAAAAGUCAGCUACUUACAUAUGUAAGAUGUGUCCUUUCACUGCUUCAGCCAGGAGUAUUUUAAAAAAACACACGGAGUACUUGCAUUCGUCAUCAUGUGUUGACUCAUUUGGCAGCCCUCUGGGACUUGAUAAAAGAAAAAGUGACAUCCUCGAAGAACCUAUAGAUAUCGACAGUCCUAAACCAUUAGCUAAACAACAGUCAGCAACAUUUCCAAAGAACUCUGCUUUAAAACAAGAUGUGAAGCGAACAUUUGGAUCAUCCCCACAAUCCAGUAAUUUUUCAAAAUUCCAUAAGCGGCCACACAGGAUACAGAAGGCUCGAAAGAGCAUCGCUCAGCCAGGGGUCGGUGUGGGCGCUCAGAGAAACUCUCCCCCCGAGGCUGUUACGGCUAAAAGCAGCGCUGACCAAAAACCCAAGUAUUUCCAUCCAGCAGCAAAAGACAAAUCUAAUGCCAAGGCAAACAGCAACUAUUUAUACAGACAUAAAUAUGAGAACUACAGGAUGAUCAAAAAAUCAGGUGAAUCAUAUCCUCUACAUUUCAAAAAAGAAGCUACUUCAUUGAAUUCUCUGCAUCUGUUUUCAUCAUCAAGUAAUUCUCACAACAAUAGUUUUAUUUCAGACCCUCACAACUCUGACACCAAAAGGCCAGAAAGCUUCAAAGACCACAGGCGUGUAGCUGUAAAGAGAGUAGUUAAGGAAUCCAAGAAGGAAAGUUCUGUUGGAGGAGAAGACUUGGACAGCUAUCCAGAUUUCUUGCAUAAAAUGACCGUUGUUGUUUUGCAGAAACUCAAUUCUGCUGAAAAGAAAGAUAGCUACGAAACAGAAGACGAAAGUUCCUGGGACAACGUUGAGCUGGGCGACUACGCUACCCAGACUGUGGAGGAUGACUCCUACAGUGGCAUUAAUCAGGAGCAUGUGAACCUGUUCCCGCUGUUUAAAAGCAAGGUGGAAGGCCGAGAGCCUGGAGAAAGUACUGCCCUUAGUUAUGAUCAGAACGAUGGCUUUUAUUUUGAAUAUUACGAAGAUGCUGGAACUAAUAGCUUUCUGCAUGAGAUACAUGAUCCUCAGCAUUUAGAAAAUGCAGAAACUUCAUUGUCAAAACACAGUUCUGUUUUUCAUUGGACUGAUCUGUCUCUUGAGAAGAAAUCAUGUCCUUACUGCCCAGCAACAUUUGAAACAGGUGUUGGGCUGUCAAAUCAUGUCCGGGGACAUCUCCACAGAGCAGGGCUGAGCUACGAAGCCCGCCAUGUUGUUUCACCUGAACAAAUAGCCACAAGUGACAAAAUGCAGCAUUUCAAAAGAACUGGGACAGGAACACCUGUUAAGCGAGUUAGAAAAGCUAUAGAGAAGUCCGAAGCCACCUCUGAACACACUUGUCAGCUCUGUGGUGGUUGGUUUGAUACUAAAAUCGGAUUAUCAAAUCAUGUUAGAGGCCACCUAAAAAGACUGGGAAAGACCAAAUGGGAUGCUCACAAGUCUCCAAUCUGUGUUCUAAAUGAGAUGAUGCAAAAUGAAGAAAAAUACGAGAAGAUCUUGAAGGCACUGAACAGUCGUCGUAUUAUUCCUAGACCAUUUGUAGCUCAAAAAUUCGCAUCAAGUGAUGACUUUCUGUCUCAAAGUGUUAUACCUCUUGAAACAUACCGUAAUGGCCUAAAGACUGAAGCUUUAUCAGUGUCUGCAUCAGAGGAAGAAGGGCUGAGUUUCUUAAAUGAAUACGAUGAAACAAAACCAGAACUGCCCAGUGGAAGAAAGAGUCAGUCUCUUACACUGAUAGAACUGCUUAAAAAUAAAAGGAUGGGAGAAGAGCGGAAUUCUUCUGUUUCUCCUCAAAAGAUCCAUAAUCAAACUGCAAGAAAGAGAUUUGUUCAGAAAUGUGUUCUUCCAUUAAAUGAAGACAGUCCACUGAUGUACCAACCACAGAAAAUGGACUUCGCUAUGCACUCAGCCUUAGAUUGUAAGCAGAAGAAAUCAAGGUCAAGAUCCGGAAGCAAGAAGAAAAUGCUGUCAUUACCUCAUGGUGCUGACGAGGUUUACAUUCUCCGAUGCAGGUUUUGUGGCCUAGUCUUUCGUGGACCAUUGUCUGUUCAGGAAGACUGGAUUAAGCACUUACAACGACACAUUGUAAACGCUAAUCUUCCACGGACUGGAGCUGGCAUGGUGGAGGUCACGUCACUACUCAAAAAGCCUGCCUCCAUUACAGAAACUUCAUUUUCUCUUCUAAUGGCAGAAGCAGCUUCAUAGAACAAGGAAACCUUUUAAAUAGCAAAUUUGAAUUGGAUGUACAUUUGAAAUUCUUUGUCUUUUUUUUUAAAGCCACGUUAAAUUAUCCGUUUAUAAAUACUAAAGCAGGAAAACGGGGAAAAGUGAAUCACAGUGACAUCGGAGCAAACUGAGUACUUCAAACAGUAAGUAGUCUAUAUAUUUUAUAUAGGGUGGAAGAUACGUUUUUAAGGUUUACUAAGUUUCGUCAGUUAACUGUUCACUCAACGCAAGAUCAGUACGUGUAAGCAGUCAUUGAUAAACUGUUGCACAUGGAUACUUAAGGACAAAUUUAUUGGAAAAUUAUGUUUUCUGCAGUGUUACCAGAAUCAAGGUUCUGUUUAUUCCCCACAAGACUUGCAGUGAAAAAUAAGAUAUUAUAUUUUGUUUGUAUAUAUUUAGUGUUUUGUAUAAUACCAGGAACCGCUAACUAAAUUUACUCAACUUAGGGCAUUAAAUAUCAUGUACUUCAUAGUUUGAGACUGUUCACUCAGAUAGGGCAGAGUACUAUUCUAUCUAGAUGUGUAAGUGUUUUUUUAAAAUCACACGGAAUGGUUUUUUUUAUACUAAAAAGUGGAGGGAGAUUUGUUUAAACAAGUAUUUCUAAAAGAAAUAUGUACAUAGUCCUGGAAAUUAUUUGUGGAAAGGAAAUACUCUUUGCUCCAGUUGCAUUUCUCAGACGAUAAAGCGGUGCAUCCAUGCUACCUCCUACUUUGUCAGCAAAGAUGCUGUUUCCCCUUGACAUUUUUGUAUCACAAUAGAUUUAAAAAAUCUAAUGUUCUUUAUUGCAAGACAUCCUUUUGUUAACAGAUUUGUUUCUUUCUAAUGUUUUACCUGAAAUCUGACAUGCUUACAGGACAGGUUUGCCGCUUCCUUUAUUUAACAUUGUAGAAAUGUAAUUAAUAAACAGUGCUCACUACACAGUUUAGCAUAGGCUUCCUCAUUUAUAUUCUCUUCCAAAUUUGAUCAGUUAGCAGAAUUUAAUCCACCAAUUGAAAUAUUUCUACAUAUGAUGAGAAUGUUUACAAUUUAAAUUUUAGAACUUGUUUUGGAUGUGAUUAUAUGUACGAAAAUUGUGUAACACUAUGCUCAUUGCUAAGAACGACAUAAUGGAAUUACUGAAAUAAAUGUGCUGUGAGGAAUGGAAAAUAUGGUGCAGAUGUCUUGGUCAUGAUAAAUUGUGAUUCUUCUUUUAAACUUUCCAGAAACAAAUGAGUUAUUUUAAUCUGAAAUCAGAUUCCUUUACAAAUAACAGUUUUUGUAUGCAAGCACCAUUUUAUUUUAUUUCAUGUAGUAUGGCUAAUACUAUAGUUGAAACAAGGAUAUGCAUUGAUACUUUUCUUCGUAUGUAAAUAAAGUUAAAGCAGUUAAAAUAAGGAGUAUUUUGGUAGAGCAUAUACAUACCUCACUGCCAGUGAAAUUGCUUUCCGAUGGUCUAUCUCCUUGCCAGAAAAAUCUCUAAAUAAAAAAGGACUUAAAGAAAAUGACAA